AUGGGGCGCAUAUUUCUGGACCACAUUGGAGGCUCUCGCCUGUUCUCGUGUGCAAAUUGUGACACCAUUCUGACAAACCGGUCAGAAUUAAUUUCAACUCGCUUCACCGGUGCGACAGGAAGAGCAUUCCUUUUCAAUAAAGUCGUGAAUCUUGGCUUUAGUGAGGUGCAAGACCGUGUGAUGUUGACUGGUCGGCACAUGGUUCGAGACGUAUCCUGCAAGAAAUGUGAUGCUAAAUUGGGGUGGAUUUACGAGUUUGCAACAGAAGAGAACCAACGAUACAAAGAAGGGCGCGUCAUUCUCGAAAGAGCAUUGAUAACAGAAAGCGAGGGCAUGGAAGAGAACUCAAAUUCAGACAGUUAA